AUGAAACCAGAAACUUUAGUUAUGAAAAUAAUAGAAGCUAUGGAAACGAAUUCGCCGACUCUAAUAACUUACAACGGUAAAAAAGUGCAUAUAACCCAAAAGAUUAUCGGUAAAUACAAACAUUGCAAAGUCAGAGACGAUAUAGAGAAUUUAACUAAAAAAGGUGGAUUUUUACCUUUCUUACCUUUAAUCUUUGCUGGUUUAGCUGCAGCUGGUGCAACUGCUGGUGGAGCUGCUGGGAUAGCCAAAGCUGUCAACGAUAAGAAAGCUGAAGCCGCUGCAAACGCCGAAGCACGUAGACACAAUUUGACAAUGGAAAGAGAAGCACGAGGAGGUUCGGGAGUAGGAGAUAUAUUAGGGACGGUUAAAGAAUUCGGACAAAGAUUUGGCGAAGAAACCAAGAAAACCGUUAAAGAGGGAUUAAGCAAAUUAAUAGAUAAAAUCGACACCGGAGAAAUGAAGUCUAUAAAUCACGGAAUGGAUAGAGAUACAUUUAAAAAGGUUUGUAAAGCUCAAUGGAGAAACCCUGAUGAUCAUGGAUAUGUAUUUGUAAAUACUAGAAAACCUGCGUGA